GUAACAUAUUGUGUUUGCAAUUACUAUAAAAAGUGGCAACUUAGAGUCAACAUCACCUAUCAUCCUUCAACAUGAGUCGACUGAUAUGCUUACUGCUCCUUGUGGUUGCUGCAACAGCUUACAGGUAUAACGAUGGUUCUAAGACAGUGAUAAUAAGGCACCCACUUUAUGGUGACGAUAAUGUAGUCAGUUACGUAAAUUACUGCAACAGAUUCCAUGGAUUUAAAAUCAGCAACAACAGAUUUUCUUAUGCCGGUAAAGCAUACCUUCUGAAAUGUGGAGCUCAAAGAUUUUACAAUUUAUGGAGCAAUUGCUGGAAUAGAUAUCAUAGCCAACGUAUUUGUUUUGGUCGACUCAGGAAGAUAAAUCUAUUUGCAGUUUACUCUGGAGAUAACGACUCUGACUCUGACUCUGACUCUGAUGAUACUGUAGGAUCUGUGUCCGUAAUAAGUUAUUUGGAUUACUGCAACAGAUACCAUGGAUUCAAAAUUAGAAAUAGUAGAUUCUCAUACGGUGGAAAAGUAUACAGACUGAAAUGUAAGGCUCAAAGAUUUUACAAUUUAUGGAGUAACUGCUGGAAUAGUUAUAAAAGCAGAAGUGUCUGUUUUAACCGAUUCAGGAAGAGAAAUCUAUUUGUACUUUACACUAGAGGUUGGGACGCUGACUAUUAUGGUACAGGAUCAUCCGUUGUAAGCUAUUUGGAUUACUGCAACAAAUUCCAUGGAUUCAAAAUCAGAAACAGUAGAUUCUCAUACGUAGGAAAAUCAUACAGACUGAAAUGUAAAGCUCAAAAAUUUUACAAUUUAUGGAGUAAUUGCUGGAAUAGAUAUCAUAGCCAACGUAUUUGUUUUGGGCGACUCAGGAAGAUAAAUCUAUUUGGAGUUUACUCCGGAGAUUACGACUCUGAUGAGGAUACUGUAGGAUCUGUGUCCGUAAUUAGUUAUUUGGAUUACUGCGGAAAAUACCAUGGAUUUAAAAUCAGCAAUAGUAGAUUUUCAUACGGAGGAAAAGCAUACAGAGUGACAUGUGGACUACAGAAAUUUUAUAACUACUGGGGUAACUGCUGGAAUAGUUAUAAAAGCAGAAGUGUCUGUUUUAGACGACUCAGAAAUUACUAUAAACUUUAUCCCAGAGUAUACGGAUGGUGAGCAGUAAAACUGUCUAUAAAGAUUACUAAUGAGGGUCCAAUGUACCACAACUUUUGAAUGACAAUAAACAUAUUUAAAUGUU